AACAAGUCCUUUUUAGGCUGAGGAACAGGAACACACAGCUGCCACUCAAAAAUAUUUCAGUGUUUUCUAAACUCCUCGUUUUAUCAGAUGUUGCUCUACAAUGCCAUGGUGUUGCCAUGGUUAUGUGGGCGGUCAUGGUAGAUGGUGCAGAGGAGAAAGUCCCAGGUGUUCCUGUUCGAACGCGUUAUGGGUUUUAAAAGCUUCCUGGUUUUUACAUUUACUUUUUAUGUUUUUAGUUACAAAAAAAAUAGCAUGGUUGGACAGCACGGUCACCAAUCUAAGCGGUAAUCCAAACACUUUUGGGCGCUGCUGGCAGUUAACCGAGAGGUGCUGCCGUAAAGACCCUUGCUUCCCCCUGCCUUCACCAUUUUGACCUUGGAGACCUGAUCUGUGUCAGUCAGGAGCUGCGGUGACUGAAGCCAGACGCGUUGCGUUUUUAUUACGAUCAUCAUGGCGGAGAGAGGCACACCUGGGCUUAGCGAAUAACCUGCCAGCGGCGUGGCCUCGUCCUUGGUGGUGGGUCACUAUCUUGAUCAUGCGCUAAAUUGCCCCCUAAAUUGGUCACGUGACCUGGAUCACAAAGGGUCCAGUCUUUUUGCAUUGAUUGAACUUAUCUAAAAUUGCUCAAAAGGAUGAAAUGGUUUUAGGACAAAAAGAAAACAACAUGGAGAUUGUAAAGAUAAGGCCUGGGGAUAAUUAACAACACAUUCUGACUCUACGAACUUACUGUAAUGCCCCCUCAUCUAUUGGCUGUCAGGGGGGUGGAGGUGUGUGUGUGUGUGUGUCUAUACUGUAUGCACAUGUGUGUGCGAGUGUGUGUGUUGCUGUAAACGUCUGUGAGGCUUUCACUAUAAAAGGUGGCUGCGGGUCAGGGCAGGCAUUUUUGCAGGACUGUACUGUGUGUGAUGGACGGUUCUGUGUGCUGGGUGUUUUGGGCGCUCUGGUUGCUGGGGGGUCCCCCGACGCGGGUGCUGGCUGCUUCAGACUCCAAGGGUACGCAACCCUCCUCCUCUUCCUCCUCCUCGACCAUCCUACAAGCUCUGCACUGCCCUCCCUGCGAGCGGAUCCACUGCUCCCCCCAGCGCACCCUCAAGCUCACGUGCACGGGGGGCAUCACCACGGGGGUGUGCGGCUGCUGCCCCACCUGUGCCAAGCUGGCGGGGGAGAGCUGCGGGGGCAGCUGGGACUACCUGGGCAGGUGUGACGAGGGACUGGUGUGUGUGCACGAGGGCUCCACGGGCACGGAACCAGAAGCAGCGCUCAAGGGGACCUGCAAGUCAGUGCUGGAUGUGGAUACCUGCCGCCUGGAUUGCACUUGGGAGUUCUGCCAGGCCAACCCGCAUGAGAUCUGCUCUGCCAGGUCCGUGUCCCUGGAGAAGCAGGAGUGCCAAGGCUCCUGUCAGCACACGUCCUGCUCCAGCUGCCUGGUCCUGCAGCCCCCGCGCUGCCCUCAGUCCUGCGGCCCCACCGACGACUCCUGCCUACAGCACCACGGACGCUGCAUCCAGCGCCACCUGGCCGAGACGCACCACCCCCCCACCUGCCACCAAAACCUAAAGAGCAACUCUGAAGGCUAUUUCGUGUGCUUGGUCCCCCCCUGCCUGAACACCGUCAAAUAAUCCACCUUCCUCCAGAAGCAACCCAGGAAGACAAGUUUAAUAACGAUGUAGCAUGGACUAAAAUGGCAGCUAUUGUAAAAUUGUAAAAAAAAAAAACAAGUGUGAUUUCAGUCUUGUGAUUUGUUUGUAUAUCUUGCAAGCCUACAUUGUGAUUCCAAACACCUGUACAGAGUCAUUUAAUGCAAAGUGUUACUAAAAUAAAAGGAGAAAACACAAAUACUCUGA